CAAUGGGAAGGCGCAGUACUGCAGGGUCUGGCGUGGACAGUGCUGUGGGCAAGUUGCGAGUCGAGGAAAGCGGCGGGAAGUUCGUACUACGCUGUGGACGGCGGGUUGGCCGCUCUGGUGAAAAUGCCACGUGUAAAAGCAGCUCAGGCUGGAAGACAGGGACCUGCAAAGAGGCGCCUUGCAGAGCAGUUUGCUGCUGGGGAGAUCAUAACCGACAUGUCUAAAAAGGAAUGGAAACUAGGAAUGCCUAUUGGCCAAGGUGGUUUUGGCUGCAUAUAUCUUGCGGACACAAAUUCUUCCAAACCUGUUGGCAGUGAUGCGCCCUGUGUUGUGAAAGUGGAACCCAGUGACAAUGGACCUCUUUUCACUGAAUUAAAGUUCUACCAGCGGGCUGCUAAACCAGAGCAAAUUCAGAAAUGGAUUCGUACACAUAAAUUGAAGUACCUUGGUGUUCCUAAGUAUUGGGGAUCUGGCCUACAUGAUAAAAAUGGAAAAAGUUACAGGUUUAUGAUAAUGGACCGCUUUGGGAAUGACCUUCAGAAAAUAUAUGAAGCAAAUGCCAAAAGGUUUUCUCGGAAAACUGUCUUGCAGCUAAGCUUAAGAAUUCUGGACAUCCUGGAGUACAUCCACGAGCAUGAGUAUGUGCACGGGGACAUCAAGGCCUCCAACCUUCUUCUGAGCUACAGGAACCCCGACCAGGUGUAUUUGGUAGACUAUGGACUUGCUUAUCGCUACUGCCCAGAUGGAGUUCAUAAAGAGUACAAAGAAGAUCCCAAAAGGUGCCAUGAUGGCACACUGGAGUUCACCAGCAUUGAUGCGCACAAUGGCGUGGCCCCAUCACGACGUGGCGACUUGGAAAUACUUGGUUAUUGCAUGAUCCAGUGGCUCAGCGGCUGUCUUCCUUGGGAGGACAACUUGAAAGACCCUAAUUACGUUAGGGACUCCAAAAUUAGAUACAGAGACAAUGUUGCAGCUUUGAUGGAGAAGUGCUUUCCUGAGAAAAACAAGCCAGGUGAAAUUGCUAAGUACAUGGAAACUGUGAAAUUACUGGACUACACUGAAAAACCUCUUUACCAAAAUUUACGAGACAUUCUUUUGCAAGGCCUAAAAGCUAUAGGAAGUAAAGAUGAUGGCAAACUGGAUUUUAGUGCUGUGGAGAACGGAAGUGUGAAGACAAAACCAGCCUCAAAGAAGCGGAAGAAAGAAGUAGAAGAAAGCACAGCGUGUAGUGUGGAAGACAUGGAGUGGUCAGACACACAGGUGGAAGAGGCUGUACAGACCCGUUCAAGAACCAGAAAGAAAGCCCAGAAGUAAACAAGAUGCUGGAAACCAACUUUUCCACCUAUUCACUUGAUUUUCUUUUCUUUUCUCCUUUUCUAUUUUAUGUUUUAUUUUCAUGUGAGUCUUGUAGGGUCAUAGUAAUAAUUGAAUGACUUUUUAAAAAAACAAGCUUUAUUAAAAUGAAUAUUUUGUGUACUUUAUUGAAGGAUAAUUUAUGAGAUCCUCAAAUCUUUAGUCAUUACAAAGUGUGGUUUUGGGCUUGGGAGUAUGUGCUGACUCUGACCGCUGUGCGCUCCCGAGUGGACAGAGUGCUCCACAGGCUCCUGCUUUUAAGGAAUGGAGAAUUUGAAAUAAAGGUCUCUUUUGCUUGAUGUAAGUAUAGAAUUUGUUGUGAUAAUAAAGUUUAGUCUAUAUGGAUUCUGUUCUUUUCCCCAAGCAUGUAUUGAGUACUUGCUGUAUGCACAAAGAAAGAGUCUAGUAAAUACAAUGUAUAUGAGAGAAACACACAUUUUACAGUCAUAUUAUGUAAGAAUAAGUAUGGAAGGUAAGUGACAGGAGAACAAUAAUCAGUCACCUGGUG